AUGGAUAUCCCUCCCUCCUUUGAGGAUGAAGACUGCAUGUCGGUUGCAGAUUCACACUUUUCUCGCAACUCCGGACGCUCAAGUACUCAUGGAGACCAGGCCUUAGAACUUGCAAUGGCCGAGAACCGAGCUGUGGGUGUCUUGAAGAUGAUGGUGUUCUUCCUCUUGGCUUCUGUAGCCUUGGUGGUGUGUCUGCUAGCAUACUUCUUUAUCCAUUCAAGUUUGCAGAAUGAUUUUGAGUCAGACUUUCGUGACUUGGGCGACAAACUUGUGCGCGGGUUUGAGACGAGUGUACACCAGAGCUUUGCUGUUCUUGGCAAUAUUGCAAUGGACGUGACAGCUUAUGCCAAGAACCAAAACCAAAGCUUUCCUUUUGUUACACUGCCUGACUUUGGGUUGCGCGUGGGAGCCUUGGCACGUAUUGCUGGCUUGAUGAAGGUGGCCACCUUCCCUUUGGUGCAAGAAUCGGAAAGAGAAGCGUAUGAAGCCUACACCGUGGCUAACCAGGGCUGGAAAGCCGAAUCCUGUGCUGGGGAACGCGGUAUUGCAACAGAAGAGUUGGGCCCUCUUCCUCCCAUUUCUCCGGUUAUUCUCAACAUGACCCGCCAACCUUCUGUAGAUGAAGGACCUUACUUCCCAUUUUGGCAACUCUACCCUUGCAAUCCAUUGCCUACUCAGAACACUGACCUUUAUCAUUUACCCCACUACUUUGGCCCUAUGAGUCACGCAUUGUACAACCAUGAACCAGCCAUGCCACCCAGCAUUGGCUAUUGGGACAAUCCCAAUUCAACAGAUUGGCGUUUGAAGUACUUCCGCAACAUGGAUACGGUUGAUUAUCAAGAUGACCCUCUUGUGGCUGCUUUUAUCCUGUGGAAAGAACCUAUGCAUACCUAUGCCGGAGUGUGUCAGUACAGGAUUCGGGCAUACCCCUCUGAUGCCUUUGAAGCCAGCUACAUGUUGAAUGAACCCAUAUACUACACUCUGGGCCUUCUUGUUGUCUUCAUGCUGACAUCAGGGUGCUUCGUUAUGUAUGACUAUUGUGUUGAGCGCCGGCAAAGGAAGGUUAUGCAGUCUGCACAGCAAUCUGGGGCUGUUGUGGCAUCUCUUUUCCCUGAGGCAGUACGCGAGAAGCUGUAUGAAGAGCUGCGCCAAGAGAAGGUUGCUAAAGAGGAAGAAGCCAACAAGAAAAGUCAGCUUUUGGAUGCUAACAAAGCACCACAAGAACAACGAAUGUCCUCAUUUGACCUAGCUACCAAGAGCUCUGUCAAUGCUCAUUUGUAUCCUGACUGCACAUUGUUUUUUGCUGACAUUGCCGGAUUCACACAUUGGAGCUCAAGCAAGUCACCAGAAGAUGUCUUUGAUCUUCUUGAGAGCAUCUAUGGAGCAUUUGAUGCAAGUGCUAGGCGUCGUUCAGUCUUCAAGAUUGAGACCAUCGGAGAUUGUUAUGUAGCAGCUACAGGCAUCCCGCGUUUGCAGAAGGACCAUGCAGUGAGGAUGGCAAAGUUCGCCAGUGAUUGUUUGACUAUAUUCCAAAACCUUGUCCGAGAUGAGCUAUCCAAUAGGCUAGGUGAAGACACUGCUGAACUUGGCCUUCGGGUGGGCCUCCACAGUGGAAGUGUAACCGCUGGUGUCUUGCGUGGAGAAAAGGCUAGGUUCCAAGUUUUUGGAGAUACAGUCAACACUACUGCUCGAUGUGAAUCCACUGGUGCACCGAGUCGAAUCCAGGUCACUGAGGCAACAGCAACUUUGAUUAGAGCAGCAGGGCGAGGAAACUGGUUGACGGCUAGAGAAGACCUUGUUGAAGCCAAAGGCAAGGGGAAACUUCAAACCUACUGGCUGAGCACUGUUAACUCUGAUGCCACAUCGGGGGUCAUUACCGAUGGCGAACCAGUCACAAGAUUUGUCUGGAGAUGA